CUUGGGGGUCUUCAGCCCGUUCUCCAAGAGAGCACCCCGAAUUAACCUUCCCCUGUGCCCGUGCGGGAGAGGGUCAGAGGGGCACCCGGGGCUGGAGCGUACCUACGGCCUUCCACAUCCUUCGCGUGGAAGCUAGAGAGGGCAAGGGGACAUCGUCGAGGAGACAAGCUGAGCGGACCCCGCUCCAGGGUCGAGAGGGAAUGAGGAACUGGGUGCGAAUGGAAGCUUGCGCUUCAACUCCGAGCAGAUCGACCAGUUAAACCCAGUUAAACCCUGUUGCGAGUUCUAUCCAUCAAACAACUUAGGUGUCUAGCGAUGGCUUUACUGAGAAACUCUAGAUAUCCGGUCUUCUUUUUAUUUUUUUCUUUUAAUAUUUCUUUGUUUUUGUUUGGCGAGAGGUUUUAGAAACUAAAAUGACAUGUCCAAGGGUCAUAUCUGAGCAGGACGAGGUGGGAUGAGCAGAGGCAGGCGCCCACCCCUCCACCUGCAGGCGGUCAGCUUCGCACCUGAUGAGAUCUCUAGGUCCCCACCCCUCCGCCCCGAAUCUUCUCCCCGACGCCCCGCGCCCCGCACAUCUGUGGAAAGGGAAGCGAGCUAGGCCUUAUGAAAAUCAGCUCCGAAGAAAACAUCCGAUGUGACCGUCAAGAAAGGACUUAUAAAAUAACAAAGAUGCUUUUGAGCCAGAAUGCCUCUUUGAUUAGACCACUUAAUUUGUAUCUCAUGGUGUACAUUAGCCUCGUGUUUGGUACUUUGCAAGCUUUGCCUGAUGUUUCAGAUGAGCCUUGCAUUUUCGAGAUAACGUUAAGAAAUUUCCGGACAAUUUUAUCGUGGAAAUUAAAAGACCACUCCAUUGUACCAACUCACUAUACAUUACAGUAUGCAAUCAUGAGUGGACCAGAAGAUGUCAUUACUGUGAAGGACUGUACCAAUAUCACAAGGUCAUUCUGUGACCUGACAGAUGCGUGGGUGAACAUGUCUGAGACGUACACUCCCAGAGUAGUCGGACACCGAGGGAACAGGACGCUGGUCGACUGUGAGGGCAGCUUAUUCCCGUUAAUGGAUAUGCCUUUGGAACCGCCAAAUUUUGAGAUUGCUGGUUUCACCGACCACAUUAAUGUGACAGUGGAGUUUCCACCCGUCCUGCCCAAGAUAGUGUAUAGCGAAGGAUCAUCGUUUUACUUGUCACUUGUCAUCGAAGAGAAGUCAGGGAACAUUGUUAAGAAGCAUAAACCCAAAAUCAAUGCAGACAUCGCUGGGAAUUUCAUUUAUGUCAUCAAUGAGCUAAUUCCAAACACAAACUACUGUAUAUCUGUUUAUUUUGAGCCUUCCAAUCUGGGAACAAUAAAUAGAUCGCCUGUAAAAUGUACCCGUCUUCAACCCGAACAGGAAUCAGAGCCAUCAGAAUCUGCCAAAAUAGGAGCAUUGAUUACUCUGUUUUUGAUAGCAGCUGUCAUCAUGAGCACCAUAGUAACACUGAAACGGAUCGGUUAUAUAUGCUUAAGAAAUGAGUUCCCCAAAAUGUUGAAGUUUGAUAACUUCUCAGCCUGGAUAUUUCCUGAGCUGCCACCGUUGGAACUGGUAACCGUGUUGGAGGUCAUUCCCAUCAACAGAAAGAAGAAAGUAUGGGAUUAUAACUAUGAUGAAAGUGACAGCGAUGACGAAGCAGCCACCCGAACAAGUGCAGGAGGCUAUACCAUGCACGGACUAACAGGCAGGACUCUGUGUCCGGCCUCCACCUCUUCUGCCACCUUGGAGGGCUGCAGCGACCCAGACGCCCCAGACACCCCAGACGCCGAGGAAACUGACUCGCCCGAGCCUGAGGCUGAAUCUGAGUCUCUGAUGGCACCAGGACCUGAGUCAGAAUGCACAUGUGAGAAUGCCUACGAGAGGAGAGAGACUGUGCUGACGGACCUCUUUUCAGAGGAGGACAGCAGCUCCACUAAGGGAUCCAGGGACAAAACUAUCUUCAAUGUGGAUUUAAAUUCUGUGUUUAUGAGGGUCCUCGACGACGACUCAGAAGUCCCUCCAGUGUUAUCUCUUCCAGAAGAGACAGUCGACCUAGAGGAUCCCGAAGAAAUGGAAACAAGCCUUCUGGUGGCCAGUGGAGAAGGGUCACAACCAUCCUUCCCCAGCCCCUCUGUGGAGUCCAGGUGGCGUGAAGAUACUCCUUCUGAAAAAAGUGACACUUCCAAGUCUGAUGUUGACACUGGGGAUGGUUAUAUAAUGAGAUGAUUCCCAAAAUAUUGAAUUAACUUGGACUGACGGAUACCUCCAGGGUUAUCUUUCCUGUACCCUCACCCGCUCCUGCGGUCUGCAGGUGUUCUCUGGGGGAAGGACUUGGAGACCGCAGAGUCGGCCCCAUUUUUCCUGAUGACAUCACCUGUGCGAAUUCCCAGUAUGGGGGAAGGAGAGGCGGGAGGGACACCUAGGAUCAGUAUAAUUCUGUGCAUUGUUUACCUGUUCGAAGUGGUAGGCUUUGAAGGGAAAAAGGCCCUGCCCCCAUGUUCAUGCAUUUAGAAUGUUUCUGCCUCAUGUUUCCCAGUGUAAGGAGCAAGGUUCCCUGUGGUUUUCAGGGGUGCAGUGGGGAGGCAAAGGGGAGACACUUAACCGGGUUCACAGCAGGAGCAGUCAGCAGUGUUUUCCACAGGCUCAGGGGAAGAACAGGAAAACAGGCGGAAAAAGAGGUGGGAGGGCAGACCACACAAGGGAGAAGAGGGGGCUCCCCGAGAAUGGAAGCACAUAUUCCAAGUUGGAAGUAAGGAAGGUCCAGCCAAGUCUCGGGCACCUCACAGAUGACAUAUUCUGUCACCUACACUCUGAGACUUUGACUCUCUGCCUCUCGUCCAGCCCUCCUCAAUCUGAGACAGACUUUCACACAGAAAUAACUCCAGUGUCAGGCAGGUCCUUAACCGAGGAAACAAACAUUUGCAUGAGGGAGGGGGAUAGAAUCUCAGUGCCAUAUUUUAAGAUUUUUUUUUUAAAAAAGCAAGUGAGGAAACAUGCAAAAGUUCUUCAAGGUCUUCAGAAGAAAUAAGGCAUAAAAUUCCUACAGGUCACCUUUAACGAUGUCAGAAGUCCUGUGUGUGCUGACGCCACAUGUCCUAGGUGUGACUACAGUCCCUGUGAAUGGGGAGGCGGGGAGGGGGUUCUAGAAUAACAGUAGCCGACAGUGCAAAGGACUGGGACUCAGAGGCAUGACGGCCACCGUUUCACUGUGUGACCAUGAGAACUUUGCUUCGUCAGUCUGAGCCUCAGCCUUUUUCCCUUGUGAAAUAAGAAGGUGGGCGUAGGUAAUCUCUAAGAUACGGUGAUGCUAGGAGAAAUAUUAGAAAAUACAGAGGAAUAAAGGGAUAAAUAUUAGAAAAUACAGGAGCAGGGUGCUCUGACCUUCCUUCUGAAUCUAUGCAAAAGGGGAAAAACAAAAAUUAGAUGAGUCCUAGUGCAAGAACUUCUGAUAAUUUUUAUAAUUGCUCUAAGGUGACUCAGAGGAGGGGGCCGUGAGAGGGGAAGUGUUACUUAAUCUAAUGAAAUUCCAUAGCAAAGGGACUUGAUCCUAUACGUAGGCCAUUCGUCCUCUGAAUGCAUCGACCCCAUUUUGGAAGAUUUCCAGAGUAAUCUUUUGGGAUAACCGCUUUAUGGCGGCGUGUGUGUGUGUUUGUGUGCGUGUUUAAAUUUUGUAUAAUAACUGGAGAUUGGUAAACGGUAA